ACGGUUUUUUUUUUUCUCGAACCGCAGUCAUUUCAUGUAAUUAGAUCGAUUUCCCCAUUACACAAAAUAGGGUUUUGGGGUGCAUUUGAGCUGCUACUCCAUCUUUUCUCUAGAACUCUCUUCUUCAUACCAGCUAAUUACUUCAAAACAAACAACACCUGCUAUCUAUCUAUCUGCUUCAACAAUGGCGACCGUUAUGCAGAAAAUCAAAGAUAUCGAAGAUGAGAUGGCAAAGACCCAAAAGAAUAAAGCAACUGCACAUCACUUGGGAUUACUGAAGGCUAAGCUUGCAAAAUUGAGAAGAGAACUUCUAACACCUACAUCAAAGGGAGGCGGUGGUGCUGGUGAAGGUUUUGAUGUUACAAAAAGCGGUGAUGCAAGGGUUGGUCUUGUGGGGUUCCCCUCUGUUGGAAAAUCGACACUUUUAAACAAAUUAACUGGAACUUUUUCGGAGGUUGCUUCGUACGAGUUUACUACUCUCACCUGCAUUCCAGGUGUUAUCACAUAUCGAGGAGCUAAGAUUCAGUUGUUGGAUCUUCCUGGUAUCAUUGAGGGUGCUAAGGAUGGAAAGGGUAGAGGAAGGCAGGUUAUCAGCACGGCCAGGACAUGCAACUGUAUUCUGAUUGUGCUGGAUGCAAUAAAGCCAAUAACUCAUAAACGUCUGAUUGAAAAAGAACUUGAAGGGUUUGGCAUUAGGUUAAAUAAGGAGCCCCCAAAUCUGACCUUCAGGAAAAAAGAGAAGGGUGGAAUUAACUUUACAUCAACGGUUGCUAAUACACAUCUGGAUCUUGAAACAGUGAAGGCAAUAUGCAGUGAAUACAAGAUACAUAAUGCUGAUGUCACUCUUAGGUUUGAUGCAACUGCUGAUGAUCUCAUAGAUGUUAUUGAAGGGAGUAGGAUAUAUACUCCUUGCAUCUAUGUUGUCAACAAAAUAGAUCAGAUUACACUUGAAGAGCUGGAGAUAUUGGAUAAACUUCCUCACUAUUGCCCUGUUAGUGCUCACUUGGAAUGGAAUCUUGAUGGUCUUCUAGAGAUGAUAUGGGAAUAUCUGAAUUUGACUCGUAUUUACACAAAACCCAAAGGGAUGAAUCCAGACUAUGAGGACCCUGUUAUUCUUUCGUCUAAAAAGAAAACUGUCGAGGAUUUCUGCUUUAGAAUCCACAAGGACAUGCUUAAGCAAUUUAAGUAUGCACUGGUCUGGGGUUCUAGUGCAAAACACAAGCCACAAAGAGUUGGCAAGGAACAUGAGCUUGAAGAUGAAGAUGUUGUGCAGAUCAUAAAGAAAGUUUAAAAAUAAAACCACUAAAUCUCCUACUCCAUUUUUGAGUUUUAUGUUACUGAACAGGUAAGGUUGGUUUAUCAGUGGGUGGCUUAGUUUUUGUAGUGGAUGCUGAUGUGUGUCUAAAACAUUAGGACAAAGAAAUCAUAAAUUAAGCAGAUUUAUGUAUGAGUGUUUCAAUAUGGUGGUUUACAACUUGCCUAUUUAUAUUUG